AUACAUUGCGUCUUUUUCCGUUUUUAAUUUUAGGCUGGCAAAGCCAAGUUCCGGUAAAAAUGGCGACUCCCAAAUUCCGCCACCAAGCACCAUUGGAAGAUUGGUCUCUGAGGGAAAGACUUGCAUUAGCAUGUUCUGUUCUGCGAAGUGGUGACCAAAACUGGGUGUCAGUGAGCAGAGCUAUCAGGCCCUAUGGAGAACCUAAUCGAACACCCGAGAGUUUUUCUCAGAAGAACUGUGCCCUCCAAUAUGCAGAAUUGCUUGAAAAGGCCGAAACACCAAAGCGUAAGCGAGGUGACCGAGGAGAGAUCGAGACGCCAGGGGUGCAGAUCAUUCGCAAGCUUAGCAUUGAAAGGAUGGAAGAGCUGAAGAAAAAAGUCACAGAACAGCAGCAAAGAUACAAGAAGCUGAAAAAAGAAAUGGAGAGUAUCAGAUCUGGACAACUGGAUGAUAAACUUGGUGAAAUAUGGCAACAGAUGCAGAUGGAAAAAAAGGCUGCCGAGGAGGCCAAACAAUUGGAAAGGAAGCUAGCGGAGGAGGCUGAAGCCAACAAGCCCCGCAAAGGAACUGUGAGUCGACUGUUUGCUGAACAAGGAAAUACUAUGGUGGACGUGGAGAAUAUUAAACAAGAACCUAGUACAGAACCAGUUCCUAUUAUGCCAACUGAAGUUGUAUCAGGGUCUUCCGUCAAUCCAGCCUCGAGUGUGAAAACUGAUGUGGCAGCACCUGUAGAGGACAAGCCUAAAUCCACCGCUGCGUCAGACUUGUUGUCAUCUCUGCUACAAAGUAAACACUACACGGUCAACCAGUUGGAAGCAGAGUUAAAACAGGAAUUGCAUGCACAGCAAUUAGCGGCCAAGGCUGCAAAUAAAACUACUACCCCACAGGCUCCCCCCGUCAAGGAGGAGGAUGAUCCUGCUUCCAGCACUGAGGACUCGUCAUCUUCUUAUGUGACACCCACCAUAACUAAACUACUGGAGAAACCUGGACAGCUCGAAGAGGAAACAUCGCAGGUCGACAUGACAGGUGGGGCAACAGACUCUACCUCCAUCACCACGGAUGACCAUACAUUAGACAUAAUGGUAUCCGAGGAGGUUGUGACAGAGGAGGAUGAAGAAGAAAAAAAUGAGGUGACAACGGAGGAUGACGAGGACACACGGGACUCCACAAUCGAUGUUAUGAGUAAAGAUGAUGAAAUGUCAAUCCACAAAGUGGAGGAUAUUCCAGAAGACAGUACAGAAUCUGCAGACAUCAACAGCUCCAGUUUUAUCAAUGUGGACGAUGAAAUUUCCAUCAAGGAGGAGGAACCUCUCUCCCCCACCAGUAGUGUUUCAUCUAAACUGAGCGAGUCUGACACCAUAAGGAAUGUCGUACGACGACGAGGAAGGGGACGGUCCCGCGGAGGUAGACGGCCAUCCAGGAGACCAAAGAGGGCUUUACAUGAAGACGAUCGAAAGGAUGACUCGAUGUCUCGUCUUAGUGACGGAGAUACAACAGAGGAUGAUGAUGACCUAGCCUCAAGUUCUUUCAACCAGCCAGGAACGUCGGGGACUUUCUCCGAGUCCAUUCCAAACAGUCCUCUCUCUCAUUGCAGUGAUACAGAAGAUGAGAAGAACUGGAAAAACUGGAAGAAAUCCAUCAUGCUGGUAUGGAAAUCAGCAGCCAGUCACAAGUAUGCCAAUGUGUUCAUGCAUCCCGUCACCGAGGACAUAGCUCCUGGCUAUUCCAGUAUCGUUUUCAGACCCAUGAAUCUGGGUACAAUCAAGAAGAAUGUGGAAGCUGGCAUCAUUCGAACGACUGCAGAAUUCCAGCGUGAUGUAAUGCUGAUGUUUACCAAUGCCAUCAUGUAUAACAGCUCAAAUCACAAUGUGUACAAGAUGGCUGUCGAGAUGUACCAUGAUGUCAUGCAGCACAUUGAGCAAUACGUAAGCACCCAACUGAUGGUCCAGUCAACCGACACUAAACAUCUGCGCACGACCCGGCGAGUGGACAACACUAGCGAUAAGGAGGAAGAGGCAAAGCGUCGCAGACUUUCCACAGACACACACAUUCACACAGAGGGUGGAAAAGCCAAGAAACGCAAAACGUGAUGUGACAACUAAUGGCAAAUAAACUGUUUGAAGCAAGAACUGACGCUGGAAACACAAGUUACUUCAGUGUUUUUGGCAACAUUUGUGUCAUAAUGCACAUAUGUACAUUCGUAAUGAUAAUAAAUGAAUGAAUAAAUUCUGCUGGUGACACCUAGUGGAUGUUCUGGGAGGUAGAAGUGGUGACACCUGCUGGCUGUUCUGGGAGGUAGAAGUGGUGACACCUGCUGGCUGUUCUGGGAGAUAGAAGUGGUGACACCUGCUGGCUGUUCUGGGAGGUAGAAGUGACAACACCUGCUGGCUGUUCUGGGAGGUAGAAGUGGCGACACCUGCUGGCUGUUCUGGGAGGUAGAAGUGGUGACACCUGCUGGCUGUUCUGGGAGGUAGAAGUGGCAACACCUGCUGGCUGUUCUGGGAGGUAUUAGUGGUGACACCUGCUGGCUGUUCUGGGAGGUAGAAGUGGCGACACCUGCUGGAUGCUCUGGGAGGUAGAAGUGGUGAAACCUUCUGAUUUUAUGGCAACAUCUUCUAGAAGUUCUGGAGAUCAAAGUGGCAAAAACUUGCUAGCUCAAAUUGAAGUUUAACUUGGCAACAGCUAGCAGAAAUUCUGGGAGAAAUAAGUGGCAACAUAUGCUAAAUUUUUGAAAGACAAAAUUUCAUGAUGAUCAGUGUGUAAUCGAAUGACCUUAAAACAAAUCAUGUUUUUUAAAAAGAAAUUAUGUUAAAAUAUUUGAUAAUAGUUUGAAAUCAUGGUAAUUUACAAAAUUGUAUGUAGACUUUCCAACCUCUGUGCACAUUUGAUUUGUUGUUUUCAAAAAUCAAAGAUCAGUUGAUGUUUUUUAGCCCAUUAUUGAAAAACAUCAAUUGAUUUAAGAUCAAAAUCAAAUUGCUCUACGUCCAUGAUCUCUUGUCAUGAGCCCAGCAUAUAUGGAGGUGGAUGUGUCUGAUGUAUAUUUUGCCCCCUUGCUGAAUUGUCAGUAUUCUAGUCUGAUCUAGAAAACAAAUGGCUGACAGUUGAAGUUCACUAUUACAAUUUCUUGAAAACUGUUUCUUCGAUAUCUCUUAGAUUUUACAUGUAGGUUUCUCAAACUUCAUAUGUAGGUGUCCAUUGGUCCCUAGUUGUGCCCAUUUGAUUUUGAGUUUAAUCUAGAAUGUAAAAUGGCUGACAGUUGAAGUUUAGCUUUGCUAUUUCUUAUUCACAGAAAAUUCUUCUCCGAGAUGUCUCUUCUAUUUCAUCUGAAGGUUUUCCUUGUUAUCAAAUCAUUAAAAUGGAGAAAAGACCAUUCAUAGAACAAAUAAAGAUCUUUCGAUGGUGGGCGCCAAUAUCCCUCUGGGAUCUCCUGUUAAAGUAGAAAAAAAAAUUCUCACAUAGAACAAUAAAGAUCAUUCAAUGGUGGAUGCAGAACAAAUAAAGAUCUUUCAAUGGUGGGUGCCAAGAUCCCUCUGAGAUCUCCUGAUAAAGUAGAGAAAAUUCACACUUAGAACAUAUAAAGAUCAUUCAGUGGUGAGCAUCAAGAUCCCUUUGGGAUCUCUUGGUAAAGUAGAGAAAAUUUCUCACAAAGAUAAAAUAAAGAUCAUUCAAUGGUGGGCAUCAACAACCCUCUUGGAUCUCUUGUUUAUUCUGUAAUUAGGCUUCUUAAAACAUCCAUUUGAAAUGUUCACACACUGACUACAGUUGUGGAUACAUUUGGUUUUUGUUUUGAAAAUACUUGUUAAUCAUGAAAUUGAUUCUUUUCUGAAGUUUUUGAUACACAUUGUAUCCACAUUUUUUUUAGGGUUAUCAAGUUGUAAAAACUUCUAUGAAGCGAGUAAAUAAAAAAUAAAAUGAAA